AUGGAUCACGCAAGGAACGGAGCAAAUGGCGUCGUGGAGCUAGAUACCCGAAUACAAAACCCUCCUUCACCUCUGGCUAAUGGAUUCCACGUAAAUGGCGUACACGAACACACUCCAGAAGAACUCGAACGAGAACUCCCUGUCGUUUACGAUGGCCAGGUGGCUCUUGGAGAGGUUUUAUCGAGAGUCGUGCAGGCUAUCUAUGCAGAACUUUCAGAGUUGGCUGAAACCCUCCCAAAUAUGUCUGAUACCGCACGAAAGCGUACAUUGGCAGACUGGGUAGUCAAGACGAAGAAACAGGUCGUCAAGCUCUACGCAAUAACUAAGUGGGCCCGAGACGCUCAAACUGUACAGAAAUGCAUGAAUAUUACAGCUUUUCUAAUGAAUCAAAACCAGCAGUUUGAGGACGUCAUGAGAGGCUUAACCUAUGCUAAAGAAAGUUUAGAUCCAGCAAGGCUUCGCAACCACGAUUUACUCACUUCAUUGGAUGUUCUGACGACUGGCUCAUAUCGGAGACUUCCGUCUGUAAUCAAGAAACUGAUCGUCCCUCCAACACCAUUGAUGGAUGCAGAAGUUGCGAAGACACUGACGGACAUGGAAGACGCAAUUCGUCUACGCUUGCGCAUGCAUGAGAUAAUACCCGUUGAAAUGUCUCAGCAUCGUAUCGCUGAUGGACGAGCUCAUUUCACCGUUCCUAAACUCUUCGAAGUUUCACUUUGCCUUCGCGGUGCCGAAAGGAACGAUGGGUGGUUCUUUGUCGGCGUGAAGUUCCUCAUCACGGUAGGAGGAGACCUUACAGGCAUGCAAGAAUUUCCCCAGAUGCCUACAGGCAUGUUGAAGCGUCAUAUAGCUGAUGAAGCUGAUGCACGACUAGCCUAUUAUAUUCCUCUUCCCCAAGAGGAAGAGCCUGUUCCUGGCGUCGAAGUUCCUCCAAGACCUCAACUACCAGAAGGCACGGCCGAUGCACCCCUAGUUCGCGUCUUCAACUUCCUCCGUAAAAUCAUAUUUGUGCACUGUUUCAUGCGAGGAGCUGCUGAUUAUGUCCAGGCCCAAAGGAUGCGCUCUCUCGGCUGGGCAGACUAUCUGAAGGUUGAGAUGAGUAAUGGUCGUAAGACGCUUACAGUUUCAUAUUGGGUCCGCCAACUACCACCAAGCAUUCCAGGUCGCCCUCAGCCUCCAAAUCGUUCCAAACUACCUCUCACGGGCGGUACACUUACAAUAUCCAUAGUUGAGUCUCGAGCUCCACCUCAAGUCGGUGGUGGUCCUAUACGCUCUCCCAUAGCACGAGUGUUGGCUGAAUUGCAGCAAAAGUCAAAACUCGGGAACCUACGGCCGUCAGAUGAAGCCGAAGGAUUGAAAUUCCAGGUUGUUUGGGAACCAAUCAAAGGUGCCUUCGGGGUGGUGAUAGCUGCUGUAGAUGCAGUGAUGGCAAAUGAUCUGUUGGUGGUAAAUCCGUACAACCUUGACUUCGAGUCGUUGCUACGAAAGGUCAUAAAACAGCAUACUAAAGCUAUUCUCAAUGUCUUCCAAACACAGCUUCAACGUGGCCCAACGAGAACGGUUUUCUCACCUCCCGGAGAAGUAGUGUUAACAGAAGAAGGUGGCUCAUACGCCCUUCGUAUUCAUCUUUGCGCGGACGAAGUUGUUGUCAUCUCCAUUGAUACAAGAACCGGGCGACUAAAUUUACGAGAUACGGGCGACCUUGCAGCUGCAGGUCGUGGUCCACGCUUUACCGCCAUAUCCGAAAGACUUAAUCAAGACCCUUCUCUACUGUUGGACGCUCUUGUCAGGCUUCGAUUGAAUACUAUUACAGAUCUGGCGGAACAAAAAGCCAACUACCUCGGUCUGCAUAGUUACCGUCAACGCAAUUUUUCCAGGGAAGAACUUCACAAACUUGGACCCAGCGCACGGGGCAUGUUGUACAUCCAGCUAUCAAACUUUCCCAACCACUAUCUUGUCCUGGUUAUCACUGACGAAGAGUUCCGCUAUGCGCUCAUUUCAGUCAGAGUCCUUACCGACACGAUGUAUGCCAACCUGAUAAUGGAAGACAUCGCGUGGCUGGACGUUCAAAGGAUACGCGGGGAUAACAACGCCAUAUUCGAUAUAACUGGCGGAUUAUCAGCACCAAUGGACGGGUCGGAGCUGCAGAUGGGACACAAAAGAAAAAGGAAUGCUGAAGAUGAUAUCGUGAAAGAAGAAAAGGGAAAGGAGAGACGUGAGGGAAGCUUCAACCUAGAGACACAGGUCUUACGCGAGCUGUAUGCCUAUUGCUGCGCUCGCGUGGCAUAUACUAAGGUCGAACAACAAUUCAAGAUUCGGGGUAUCCCUUAUUCUCAUGUCAAUCCGACUAGCGGAUACCCUCUCCCAAGCGAACUCAGUCAAAUACAAUCUUCUCUUGCACGAUCUGUUCCCGCUUUAUGUGUGCAAUCAUCCGAUAUACUAUCAGGGGCGCCGGCUGCAGAGGCUGCCAUGCCCAAUAUCCGGGUCAUUCCUCUAAAUUGGUGGUCUAACAAGAAGGUCCAGGUUGUGACAUGCGUGAAACUCAAGUAUGUUCAACAACCUGUGGGGAGACGUGCCAAUGGGGGUAGUAGCAUCAUCCGUCCGUCAAAACGCAUUAUAUACGAUACAACAGAAGCGGUAGUAUCAUUUCUGUCGGAGGAGGUUGAUAUGUGCGUGGAUGAGUUCUUGGAAGAAUGGGCCCGUGUAUCAAAGAUGGUAGUAAUUGCACGAGAAGUCGCACAGAUGGCCGAAGACGGGAAAUGGCCAGAUGUACGGCUCCUAUCGUUUGACCUACAAACUGUCGAAUUCGCUUAUGCGCAUGACUACACGGUCUCCAUACGAUGUAUGGACCAACUCUCACCAACUGGCGGUUCAUUCGACCUCCGCUUUUCUCGAUGUCCCCCUUCCGACCCUCAAGCGCGUGCUACAUCUCCACCACCAUUUCAGGAUCGAAAGAACCCACACGAAGAUGUAGAGCCGUUUCUACAACAAAUUUUACGACAUGGCCCCCUAACGUCUUCUCUCCAUCGCCUAGUGGAGCUUUUACGGGAUACGUUACCCAUAGUCGUCGAGAUCGAACGCAUGCGCCUUGAACCUGGUAGUAGUAGUAGCAUGAGCCCUAACCGUGGAAGGGGCAAGGGCAAGGGCAAAGCAGUAGUUGGAUGGGAGAAUGAACCCUGGGUAGAAACAUUUGUGAAAGGCCUAGGGUGGUACAGGGUGCUUUACGGCGACUUGAGACACGCUCUUGACUUCCGGUUAAUGAAUAAUCAGCGGGUUGCCAUCAUAGAUGGAUCACAUUCACUUUUUGGUAGUGAUGUAUCCGGCUCAGCAUCUGUUUCUUCGACGUCUUCACCGGAUUUGCUUGGGCUGCAGGCAAUACCCGACUUACCUUCACUCAUCCAAGCAGCGGUACAUUCUGUCCGGAGUGCAAGCGGGGGACUAUCAUUAGGAAAGAUCGCGCCUAUAGACGUCGGUAUAGUGUGUAACACUGGUGCUGUUGGAGCUGUAGCACGCGCACUGCAUGAGCGCAUACUCAAGAAGCUUCAGGGAGAGUAUAGUUGAGUAUUUUUGUGGAUAACUGUAGAUACAUCAAUCUAUGCUACUUUGUCCAUAUGAUGAGAGAAGUGUGGGGUUUUUUUUUUUUCAGUUCAGGAGUGGACUGAUUCCUGCGACACUCCAAGCAUUAGCUGUGUAAAUCGAUUAUAACAGUCCGCUGGCUUGGGCGCUGUGUUGGGGUACUAUUUAGCAGGAGUAAACUAUUUAACCAACAAAGGACUUCAAUUAGACCGCGCCGAUGAUACCUUGCAUAUACAAUAAUCGAUGGCUACCUCAGUCAGGGUGUUACUCCACCCUCUAGGAGUCGUCGCAACCACGAAAAAGUCGGAUUGAAUAGAUAAAGUUACGUUGCAUCCAACAAACGUAUCCACUCCAUAGUCACCCAAUGUUCCCUAUCUUCCACUGGAGACCGAGCGAUUGGUGAAUAUGUCGCCAGCACUCGAUUGGGGUGCAAUGGUGUCUGGAGCAUCACUCGAGGCCAAUAGAAUCUCUUAUCAGGCACAACGCGAAGCCUUUGCCCUGUCUCUGUAUGAUUAGCUAGUGCCGUUGCAACGUUCUCGGGCAUCUUGCUUGCAUCGAAACGUAGCGAAAAACGGCAAUCAUACAACAUGUCAAGGAAUGGCUCCUUGGCCGUCCCAGCACUAACCU